GGUCAAGUGGAGGUAUUUUAUUUUAUCCGAACGUGUAGAAGCGGCGGAUUCCGAGAACAUCGCGACGAGAAGUCUUUGAAUAUGAUGGAUGCAGGCGACGAUGUGCACCUCGAGGAAGGGCAGAACAUCCAGAACAACACGCCAAACACGAUCGACUUGUCGCCGUCGACAUUUAAGUCGUCGCUACCAUACUCGAAGAGUCCCCGCCAUGUCGGUGCCGUUGGGACGUUCCGGUACCUGACCCCGAGCGAUCUCAAGAACAGCAGUGGCAAGGCACCGUAUGACUUUGCCGUGAUUGCCCAUCGGGCUGUGCAACAAGGUCCGACGGGAUGUUGGUUUUGGCCGUUCAAUACGGCGGAGCGUCUGGGGUUUCGACGGCUGUGCAUGGUGAGUAGUCCAUUGCUUGAAGACGGUGAAGACGAACACCGGCGUAUCGUGGAAAAGCUAUGUGCACAGGGGCUGUCCAUCGACAUCAUUGAUGGGGGCCAUUCGAUGGGGGAAAUGACGUCGGAUUACUUCAUGCUGCUCAUUCGUGCAAGCGACGAAGUCGCGACCGCGUACGCCAAGAAGUUUCGGCGCAAGCUGUGGCUCGACCACGGCGGAGUGUGCGACAUGCCCCAGGACUUUAUGGACCACGACAAGCGGCCGAUCACUCCCGCCGAACGCAUCCAGAUCGUCGAGUACAUUGUGGAGGUCCGCGCGCAGUUGAGCAGGACAAACGACAAGUGGAUUCAUGACAUGUUUCCCGUGCACGAUCCAAAGAUGACGACACAGCUCUUGACCAACUUCAUCGCGGCAUGUCCGGGGACAUUGGAACGGCGCAACGGGCAGUUUGUCGAUGCGAUUCGACACAACUUUGGCGAAAAGGUCGCGUACUACUUUGCGUUCAUGCACUUUUACAACAAGGCGUUGCUGCCGCUUGCGCUGUUGGGGCUUGCAAUGCAGAUCCUGCAUUCGUCCAUCUCGACCACGGCGUACAUGCGCCUGCUGCCGUUCUGGGGCGUGGGUGUGUCGGUGGUGUGGUCGUUUCUAUUCCUCAAGGCAUGGGACCGCGAGAACUCGAGGAUGCAAUUCGCAUGGAACGCGAAACUCCACGUCAAGCAAAUCGAGUACCCCAACCCAUUGUUCCAUGGCAAGGAAGCCGUGAAUCCGCUGACCGGCGAACCCACCAAAGUGUACGCAGCAUGGCGGCGAUACCCCGUCUACUUCGUCGGCAUCGUGUUCAUGUUGCUCCAGACAGCCAUCAUGCUCAUGUUGGUCGCGCUCUGGGUCAGCAUCUACGAGAUGCUCAAGGACAAGUACAAGUCUGGCGGGCUGUUUUCGACCCAGUGGUUCCUGAUCCUGGCCGAGGGGAUUGUGUUUGGGUUUUUCGUCGACGUGGUGCAGUGGAAUGUAGUCGUCACAAACGUCGCGCGGCUCUUCACAAAGUGGGAAAAUUACCCCACGGAAGAGCGCCACGAGCGCGCGCUCAUUCGAAAGCUGUUCCUGAUGGAUUUUCUCAACUAUUACACGUGGUUUUUCUCGCUCGCGUUCGUAUACGUGGUCCCGACCUUUGGCGACGCGCUCACGAACGUGUUCAACACGGUCUUCUUUCAUGACACGCCAAAUUGUUGCUUUGGCCCGUACCUGAAGGAGGUCGGUCCGUUUGCGUACGAGUGCAGCCGGUGUCCUGGCGGCGACUCGACCAAGCUGUGCACGCCGUGCACGGGCUGGUUUACGUUUGACGUGCACCACGUCGACUUGAGCGCGAUGUUUGUGACGCCGAUCGUGGUCACUCAACUUCUCAACAUCCUGAUCAACACGGUCAUGCCGCUCUUGAGCAAGUGGCGCCAGGAGCGGCUGCGGGCGGCAGCGGACGCAGACGCGCACCAACGCGUGAUGGAAGCCGGGUCGAUGAAGAUUCUCGGCAACCUGGAUUACGACAAGAGUGGCCACUUUGGCAACAAGGACCAGUCGCGGUACUUGGAGUACACUCCCGCCGAGAUCGAGACGCUCAACCAAAAAGCGCGAGAGAUUCUGUUUGAAAGCGAACAAGCGCAGUACGACCCGUACAACGAUUUCCACCAAUUGACGGUGCAAUAUGGCUUCACCGUGAUGUUUUCCAUCCUGUGGCCGCCGAUGCCGAUGGCGUGCAUGCUGGUCAACUACCUCAAAGUCCGAACGGACGGCUACCGGCUGUGCCGCACCCUCAAGCGGCCAUUCCCCCGAAAAGCCAACGGCAUUGGCGCCUGGCGCGACAUUUUUGGCACGUUUGCUUAUGUUGCCGUCGUUGUCAACAUUCUGCUCGUGUGCAUGUCGACGGGCAGCAUGGAGUUUUACAGCGAUCUGUGCAUCAAAGAUUACUCGUUCAACCUGGAGAAGGAAGGCAAGACGUUGGUGGACUUCGUCAUGGGGCCAAAUUUUUACUGCCUCAACUUCACGCUCCGCUUGGUUGUGAUCAUCGUGCUGGAGCACCUCUUCCUCGUCGUGGCAUACCUUUUCAUGCUCAAGAUUCCGGGGGUUCCGUCGUCACUCCAAGCUAUCAUGGACGCCCGCGAACACAAAUUCAAAAAGUUGCUGGAAGCCCACGAAUGUCACCUCCCACUGGACCAAGUCCUCGUGAAUAGUCCGCCGACGGAAGACCAAGCCCCGACAAAGGCGCGGUCGUCGAGCUUCAAGACCAAGUCCCCACCCAAGGACAAGAACGACUCGUUCAAGCGCAAAGAGUCCUUGACAGACAAGGCGGCACUCGCGCGGCAAUGGUCCGACUAGCUGGCCACACGUGAGGCGACCUCGAAUGUAUUUACCUCGUUGUUGUUUGGUUGUAUUACUGUGCGCUGCACCACAUUCGAAUCGUCUGCACGACGGACUGUUGCUGCGAAUCGCUUUCCUGUUGCGUUUUCGAAUGCGUCGACAGCACGCCAGCAGCGUUAGUCUGCUUGCAAGGUCAACUGUUGGCGCGACCGGAGGGAGAACAGUGUGCGAGCUUGGCUGCUUCUGGAUCGACAGGCUGACGAUGUUGCAUCUGUGGAUGGCCGUGGUAGAUAGCUGUCGGAGGGCGGUGACUCGGGUGGGAGCUGUUGUC